AAAAGAAGAACCAAGAUUUAUUUGUCGUCCGACGACGUGUUAGUAGUGAGAGAGUGUGUGUGAGAGUGAGAGAGAGAGAGAUUAAUGCUAUGUAUGCUCAAUCUAUAUAUACACACACAAGAUAUCUGUCACACCAGAAUUUAGGGAGUGUGCAUCUUUAAGAUUAAGAUUAGGGUUUUUGACUCACUGUUGAACUUCUCUUGUACUGUCGAAGACACUGAUAAUUGGAUCUGUCGGAGUGGCAAAAAGCAUAAAGAUACGAGCUUUCUAGAUCGUUGAAUCAGGGUUUGCAUCAGUUACAGUGUAUCAACUGAUGCGAUUGGGCCUGUGAUGGCGAACAAGUUUAAUUCGGGGGACAGUAGAACUAGGAGUUCGGUCUCUAUUUUCAUAGUUGCUGGUCUGUGCUGUUUCUUCUACUUACUGGGAGCAUGGCAGAGAAGUGGGUUUGGGAAAGGGGACAGUAUAGCGUUGGAGAUGACGAAGAGUGGAGCAAACUGCAACAUCCUUCCAAACCUCAAUUUUGAAACCCAUCACAGUGGUGAAGCUGGGAUAAUUGAUGAUUCUGAUUCUAAAGUGACAGUAUAUAAGCCAUGCCAUCCUCGGUAUACUGAUUACACACCUUGCCAAGAUCAAAGACGCGCAAUGACUUUCCCAAGGGAAAAUAUGAUUUAUCGUGAAAGACAUUGUCCUUCUCAAGAAGAGAAACUUCAUUGCCUUAUUCCGGCUUCUAAAGGAUACGUGACACCAUUUCCAUGGCCAAAGAGUCGUGAUUACGUUCCCUAUGCCAAUGCACCAUAUAAAAGCUUAACAGUUGAGAAGGCUAUUCAGAACUGGAUCCAGUAUGAGGGCAAUGUGUUUAGGUUCCCUGGUGGAGGUACACAAUUUCCUCAGGGGGCUGAUAAAUACAUCGACCAGCUUGCUUCAGUUAUACCAAUUAAAAAUGGAACUGUUAGGACCGCUCUGGAUACUGGUUGUGGGGUUGCAAGUUGGGGUGCAUAUCUAUGGAAAAGAAAUGUUAUAGCAAUGUCAUUUGCACCAAGAGACUCCCAUGAAGCCCAGGUUCAGUUUGCUCUUGAAAGAGGUGUACCUGCUGUCAUUGGUGUUCUUGGAACCAUAAAAUUGCCAUAUCCAUCUAGAGCUUUUGACAUGGCUCACUGUUCCCGUUGUCUUAUACCUUGGGGGAUUAAUGAUGGACUAUAUAUGAGGGAAGUUGAUCGUGUGCUUAGACCUGGUGGCUACUGGGUGCUUUCAGGUCCUCCCAUCAACUGGAAGGUUAAUUACAAGGCGUGGAAACGUCCAAUGGAUGAACUCCAAGAAGAACAAAGGAAGAUUGAAGAGGUUGCGAAACUUCUCUGCUGGGAGAAGAAGGCUGAGAUUGGUGAGAUUGCAAUAUGGCAGAAGUCAAUGGAUACUGAUUCUUGUCGAGCUGCACAAGAAAAUUCUGGGGCAGCAUUCUGUAAAUCUGAAGACGCUGAUGAUGUCUGGUACAAGAAGAUGGAGCCAUGUAUUACUCGGAAUGAUAUUGCUAACAGUGAUGGUGUUCCUGGUCUCAAACCAUUCCCUGAAAGGCUAUAUGCUGUUCCCCCCAGAAUUGCUAGUGGUGCAGUUCCUGGAGUUUCUGUUGACGAAUACCUGGAGGACAAUAAGCUAUGGAAAAAGCAUGUCAAUGCCUAUAGAAAGAUUAAUAGGAUUAUUGACUCUGGAAGGUACCGCAACAUUAUGGAUAUGAAUGCCGGAUUUGGAGGUUUUGCUGCUGCACUUCAAUCUCCCAAGUUGUGGGUUAUGAAUGUUGUACCCACUAUUGCCGACAAAAAUACCCUGGGUGUUAUUUAUGAAAGAGGAUUGAUUGGCAUUUAUCAUGACUGGUGUGAAGCUUUCUCUACAUAUCCAAGGACCUAUGAUCUCAUCCAUGCUAAUGGUGUUUUUAGCUUGUACAAAGACAAGUGUGACUUCGAGGACAUAUUGUUAGAGAUGGACAGGAUUCUGCGGCCUGAAGGUGCAGUUAUAUUCCGUGAUGAAGUUGAUGUACUAGUCAAGGUGAAGAAGAUGAUUGGUGGUAUGAGAUGGGAUUCUAAAAUGAUGGACCACGAGGACGGUCCCCUUGUACCAGAAAAGAUACUGGUUGUAGUUAAGCAAUACUGGGUGGGUAACUCCACUUCCUCGCAUUGAAGGCCAACAACCCAAAUCUUAAAUGCAGGUGACAUAAUUUCGAACGGCAAACUUGAUUUCUUAUAUGAAUUCCAAGAACAUCUCAUCAUUAGAGUUUUGCCGGGGCAAUGAGUUCUCCAAAGGAGGUGUGAGCGGGAUGGCAAGUAUUUAACCAGGGAUUUUUCUGUAGAUUAUAGAUUGAACUGUCUUGUAACACUACUAUUAUUUAUUGAUCCCAGAAAUUUUAAACCCAUCUCCCCCCAAAGUAGGAAAAGAAGCGAUAUCACCCUUCAAAGUUCAGACAUGCAUUUCUUAUUCUUCUAGCUCUGGUUCUUGACUUUUUGUGUAUGAUAAAAGUGUCAUUUCAAGUAA